AUGGAAAAGUCCGACGCCGCUACCGACGUUGGCUCCGUCAACUCGGCUGCCCUCCAGAAAGAGCACGACUCUACGCCUCCUCACACCGCGGCUCCCAGCGAAAAGACUGCCGCCCCCAACGCCGACGCUGCUGACGAGACUAGCGACGAGGCCCUCGGUGGCCCUCUACAGGAGGUUGCUACCGAGUAUCCUGCGCCAUGGCGUCUGUUUUUGAUUUCUGUUGCCCUGUGUCUUGCCGUCUUUUGCAUGGCUCUUGACAACACCAUCAUUGCCACCGCCAUCCCCCGCAUCACCGACGAAUUCAAGGCCGUCAACGACAUUGGCUGGUACGGCUCCUCCUACCUGCUCACCACCUGCGCCCUCACCCUCAUCUACGGCAAGCUCUACACCUUCUACAGCAUCAAGAGCAUCUUCCUCAUCGCCCUCGGCCUCUUCGAACUCGGCUCCCUCGUCUGCGGUGCCACCCCCAACUCGACUGGUCUCAUUCUCGGCCGUGCCGUCGCCGGUCUCGGUGCCGCUGGUGUCUUCUCUGGUGCUCUGCUCAUUGUCCAGCGCUCUGUUCCUCUGCACCAGCGCCCUACGUACAUGGGUAUUAUUGGUUCCAUGUACGGUAUUGCCAGUGUUGCUGGUCCUCUCAUGGGCGGCGCCUUCACCGACCGAUUGACCUGGAGAUGGUGCUUCUACAUUAACCUCCCCUUUGGAGCUGUCACCGCCUUCUUCCUCGUCCUCUUCCUCGAUCUCCCUGGCAAGAAUGGCCUCAAGCAGUCCUCCGUCAAGGAGCAGAUCCUCUCCUUCGAUCUUGAGGGCACGUUCCUCUUCAUCCCCGGUGUUGUCUGCCUUCUCCUCGCUCUUCAGUGGGGUGGUACCAGCUACCCCUGGGACAAUGGCCGCAUUAUUGCGCUCUUUGUCCUUGCUGGCGUUUUGCUUGCUGGUUUCGUUGGUGUCCAGAUCUGGAAGCAGGAGCGCGCUACUGUGCCCCCUCGCAUCUUCAAGACCCGCACUGUCUGGGCUGGCGCUUUCUUCGGUGCCACUCUUGGCGCUGCUUUCUUCGUCCUCGUCUUCUACCUGCCUCUCUGGUUCCAGGCCAUCCAGGGCGCUUCGGCCGUGCAGUCGGGCAUCAAGAACUUGCCCAUGAUUCUCUCCGUUGUCGUCCUCUCUAUUGUUGCCGGUGGCCUCGUCACUGUUCUCGGAUACUACGCUCCCUUCAUGAUUGUCUCUUCGAUCAUGAUGGGUGUUGGUGCUGGUCUUCUCGCCACCUUCACUGUCGACACCCCCACCGCUCACUGGAUCGGAUACCAGCUCAUCUUCGGUAUGGGUGUCGGUAUGGGUAUGCAGCAGACCAUGGUUGCCGUCCAGGCUUCCCUGCCCGCCAACGAUGUUCCCGUCGGUACCGCCAUCAUGAUGUUCGCCCAGACCCUCGGUGGAGCUCUCUUCAUCUGCGUUGCCCAGAACAUCUUCUCCAACAAGCUUGUCUCCAACAUUGCCGCCGCCCACAUCCCUGGUAUCGACCCCAUCUCCGUCAUCUCGCUUGGUGCCACUCAAAUCACCACCCAACUCCAGGGUGAGGCUCUUGCUCUCGUCCAAGUUGCCUACAACAACGCCGUCACCAACGCUUUCUAUGUUUCUGCCGCUCUCGGUGCCGCCUCCAUCAUCGGCGCCGUCCUCAUGCCCUGGAACUCCGUCAAGGGCAAGACCAUUGAGAUGGCCGCUGCUUAA